CUGCGAUUCACUUGAAAGCAGAUCUUGAUGUGAAGGUUUCGCUAAAGAGGAUUUGGAGCAUUGGAUUUCAAAGAGACAAAAUAUGGACAGUGCUGGUUUAAAGGAGCUCAGUCCGCGGCGCCUUGCAUGAAAUCGCGUUUCUUCUCUUGUGACAACUAUUAAGGGUCCCGUAGAAGUAAAGGUGCACGCGCAAAGAGAGCUUUGAGUCUGGGGACUGCCUUGACAGACAGACUGCUUCUUUUGCUGAGCUUAUCAGCCAACGUGGCUCCAUAUGGCAUUUUUUUCUCUUUGCUACAGAGAAUGCAGGGUGAAAAGCCCUGAGCAAGGCUUCCAGUUACCCGCCAAAGAAUGUUGGCAUGAACAUGAAGAUUAAAGCUGCCAUUUCAACUCAAGUGAAACCGUGCACACACUAACUGGCACCAGAAGGGACUGUUCCGUAAUUACAUAAAUCAGACCGAGUGUGCCCAGUGGAUAUUUGAAUCUCUGUCCCUUUGCUCUAAAUAACCAUGGCAGAGAGGACCUUUAAACAGUUCAAACUAUUUUGGCGACAACAGUGAGAGGUUUGGCCAGUGGCCUGGACAGUAUGAGGUAAUGGUGUUUGCUCCAGGAUACAAGUGUUGGCCAAGCCUGUUGAUAUGCAAACAUAUUAGACUUGUAGCAUUUAAUCUUUUGUCUUACAAUGCAUCAGUUUACACUUGUGUGUCCAUGUAGACAGUCAGUUACAUGCCAGUCUACUAUCUCACAGUCAACCCAGCUUAUUUUUUUUUCCUUAAGCUAAAGUCCUUAUAAGUACAUUGAAUUCUGUAAGUCCUAACUACAGCCCACAGAAUUUGAAAUCAAACAAUGAUUUCACCAAAGCCACAUGUUGCCCAUAUUAUAUGGGUUGGGCUGCUCAUUUGUUGCUUUGUAGAAAUAGGCACUUGUCUAGAAUUUACAGGUGCUGAGGGUCAGUGGGCUAGAUUUCCGGUGUGGAAUGCAUGUUGCGAAAGUGAAAUGAGCUUCAACAUGAAAACAAGGAGUUCCCAUGGGCUGCUAGUUUACUUUGAUGAUGAGGGAUUUUGUGACUUUCUAGAACUCCUCAUACUGAAUGGUAAACUCAGCCUUCGAUUCUCCAUCUUCUGUGCGGAGCCUGCGACUGUUGUAUCUGACACAGCGGUCAAUGACAGCCAAUGGCACACAGUCACUAUAAGGAGAAACUUUAAGAACACUACCCUAAUGGUGGACAAUGAGAUAAAGUGGGUGGAGGUGAAGUCUAAAAGACGGGAUAUGACUGUUUUCAGCCAUUUGUUUGUUGGUGGAAUACCACCGGAAUUACGAUCUGUUGCACUACGUCUGACAUCAGCUGCGGUCAAGGAUCAGCUGCCUUUUACUGGAUGGAUAACAGACAUAAAGGUCAACAACACGGAGUCUGUAAUGAUUAACAGUGAGGGUGUCUUAAAUGACCUCUGUGGUACAGCCAACAUGUGCCUAAAUGGAGGAGUCUGCAGUUUAAUUAACAACGAGCCAACGUGCGACUGUUCUCGGACAGGCUUCCAAGGAAAGGACUGCAGUGAAGAAGACAACUAUAAUGAAGGUCUGGCACACCUGAUGAUGGGCGACCAAGGGCAGAGAGGGGAAGCUUGGCUUCUAAGGUCCCUACUGAGCAUUCAAGGAAAAGAAGAGUAUGUCGCAACCUUCAAAGGAUCUGAGUUCUUCUGCUACGACUUGUCCUUGAACCCGAUUCAAAGCAGCAGUGAUGAAAUCACAUUGUCAUUCAAAACCCUACAGAGGAAUGGACUGAUGCUGCACACGGGAAAAUCAGCUGAUUACGUCAACCUGGCUCUGAAAAAUGGGGCGGUCUCACUCGUCAUUAAUUUGGGGUCUGGAGCCUUUGAAGCUCUUGUGGAGCCAGUCAAUGGGAAAUUUAAUGACAAUGAUUGGCAUGAUGUCAAAGUAACAAGGAAUCUACGUCAGCACUCAGGCAUUGGACACGCUAUGGUAACAAUAUCCGUUGACGGGAUUCUGACCACCACAGGAUAUACGCAAGAAGACUACACCAUGCUAGGCUCUGAUGACUUUUUCUAUGUCGGAGGGAGCCCUAGCACAGCCGACCUGCCUGGAUCUCCAGUUAGCAACAACUUCAUGGGCUGCCUCAGGGAGGUUGUAUACAAAAACAAUGACGUGAGACUUGAGUUGUCCAGGCUGGCCAAGCAGGGUGAUCCCAAGAUGAAGAUCCACGGCACUGUGGCCUUCAAGUGUGAGAACGUGGCCACUCUAGAUCCCAUCACUUUUGAGACGCCUGAGUCUUACAUCAUCCUCAACAAGUGGAAUGCUAAAAAGACAGGCUCCAUCUCCUUUGACUUCCGCACCACUGAGCCCAACGGCCUUCUCCUUUUCAGCCAUGGCAAACUCAAGCAGCAACCAAAAGAUUCAAAGAGUCCUCAAACUCUUAAAGUGGACUUCUUUGCUAUCGAGAUGCUGGAUGGCCAUCUGUACUUGCUGCUGGACAUGGGCUCGGGAACCACAAAGACCAAGGCAGUCAACAAGAAGGUCAAUGACGGCGAGUGGUACCAUGUUGACUUCCAGCGAGAUGGAAGAUCAGGUACCAUCUCCAUCAACACCCUCCGCACUGCCUACACAGCCCCUGGAGAAAGUGAGAUCCUGGACUUGGAUGACAACCUGUACCUCGGGGGUUUACCGGAGAAUAGAAGGGGGUUGGUGUUCCCCACCGAGGUGUGGACAGCACUGCUCAACUAUGGCUACGUAGGCUGCAUUCGAGAUUUAUUUAUUGACGGACAGAGUAAAGAUGUCAGACGGCUGGCUGAGAUCCAGAAAGCUGCCGGGGUCAAGCCCUCCUGCUCUAAAGAGCCUCCCAAACAGUGCUUGAGCAACCCCUGCCAAAACAAUGGGAUCUGUAGAGAAGGCUGGAAUCGCUACGUGUGUGACUGUUCUGGGACUGGAUACCUGGGUCGCUCCUGCGAAAGAGAAGCAACCGUCCUCAGCUACGAUGGCAGCAAGUUUAUGAAGGUCCAGCUACCGGUGGUGAUGCACACAGAAGCUGAGGACGUGUCUUUGCGGUUCCGCUCCCAGCGAGCCUAUGGCAUCCUAAUAGCCACCACGUCUCGGGACUCUGCUGACGCUCUGCGAAUUGAGUUGGAGAGCGGCCGUGUCCGGCUGACUGUCAACUUAGAUUGUAUCAGGAUUAACUGUACCUCCAGCAAAGGUCCAGAGACUAUUUUUGCGGGUCAGAAUCUGAACGAUAAUGAGUGGCACACAGUACGUGUGUUCAGGAGGGGCAAGAAUUUGAAACUGACCGUAGAUGAUCUUCCACCUGUGGAAGGUCAAAUGGCAGGUGACCACACCCAGCUGGAGUUCCAUAACAUUGAGACGGGCAUUGUGACAGAGAAGCGCUUCAUGUCCAUGGUGCCCUCCAACUUCAUUGGCCACCUCCAGAGCCUCUCCUUCAAUGGCAUGGCCUACAUAGACCUCUGUAAAAAUGGUGACAUUGAUUACUGUGAGCUCAAUGCCAUGAUUGGCUUCAAGAACAUCAUUGCUGACCCUGUCACCUUCAAGUCACGCUCCAGCUAUGUGACUCUCACUACUCUGCAGGCCUACUACUCCAUGCACCUUUUUUUUCAGUUUAAAACCACCUCCUCGGACGGCCUCAUCCUGUAUAACAGUGGCGAUGGAAAUGACUUCAUUGUGGUGGAGCUGGUUAAAGGUUACCUACACUAUGUGUCUGACCUGGGGAAUGGAGCCCACCUGAUCAAAGGCAACUCUAACAAACCCCUGAACGACAACCACUGGCACAAUGUCAUAAUCUCCAGGGACACCAACAACCUCCACACUGUCAAGAUUGACACCAAGAUUACCACGCAGACAACAACAGGAGCCAAAAACCUGGACCUGAAGGGUAACCUGUAUAUUGGAGGGGUGGCUAAGGAGAUGUACAAGGAGCUGCCCAAACUGGUGCAUGCCAAGGAGGGUUUUCAAGGUUGUCUGGCAUCAGUGGAUCUGAACGGGCGGCUCCCAGACUUGAUGUCAGAUGCCCUGGACUGUGUGGGACAAAUAGAGAGAGGAUGUGAAGUUGCAUUGAUGAAAGCUGACUUGCAAGGUCCCAGCACUACCUGCCAGGAGGACUCAUGUGCCAACCAAGGUGUGUGUCUUCAGCAGUGGGAGGGCUUCAGCUGUGACUGCAGCAUGACGACAUUUGGAGGACCGCUGUGUAAUGACGCGGGAACAACGUACAUAUUUGGACGAGACGGUGGACUGAUCACAUACACGUGGCCACCAAAUGACCGUCCUAGCACGAGGGCAGACCGACUAGCCAUUGGCUUCAGCACACAUCUGAAGGAUGCUGUCCUGGUGAGGGUGGAUAGCUCCUCUGGUCUUGGAGACUUCUUGAAGCUCCACAUUGAGAAAGGAAACAUUGCCGUUGUAUUUAAUGUCGGUACAGAUGACAUUAAUAUUGAGGAGACGUCAAAGUUUGUAAAUGAUGGAAAGUACCAUAUAGUGAAGUUUACGAGGAGUGGGGGUAAUGCCACUCUGCAGGUGGAUGACCUGCCAGUCAUUGAGCGCUACCCCACAGGCAACAAUGAUAACGAACGCCUGGCGAUUGCUAGACAGCGAAUCCCAUACCGACUUGGUCGAGUAGUUGACGAAUGGCUACUCGACAAAGGGCGACAGCUUACAAUCUUCAACAGCCAAACCACUAUACAGAUUGGGGGCUGGGAGCGAGAUCGCAGUCGAUCCUUUCAGGGCCAGCUUUCAGGCCUCUACUAUAAUGGCUUGAAGGUCUUCAACAUGGCCGCAGAGGGGGAUCCCAAUAUAAGGAUCCAAGGCAGUGUGCGGCUUGUGGGGGAGUCACCCUCCUCUAUCACCCCACAGUCAAGUACCACAGCCAAUCGCUCAGAGACAUCCACAUCCAUCAUGGAGAUCACCACCACCACAGCGUCCAGCAGGAGAGUAAAGCUGACAACACCACGAGAGCCUCAGCAAACAACUGACGACUUGCUGGUGGCAUCAGCCGAGUGUCCAAGCGAUGACGAGGACAUUGAUCCCUGUGAGCCGAGCUCAGGUGGGUUAGCCAAUCCCACUGGUGCUGGACCAAAGGGUUACCCAGGAACACAGGAGGUCUUCCGGGAGUCGAGCAGUACUACGGGGAUGGUAGUCGGCAUCGUAGCAGCAGCGGCGCUGUGCAUUCUCAUCCUGCUUUAUGCUAUGUAUAAAUACCGGAACAGAGACGAAGGCUCCUACCAUGUAGACGAGAGUCGUAACUACAUCAGCAACUCGGCACAGUCCAACGGAACCGUGGUCAAAGAGAAACAGGUCAACACAGCGAAAACCUCGAGCAAGAACAAGAAGAACAAGGACAAGGAGUACUAUGUGUGAUUGUCAAAGCUCUGGUCUUUGUCAGGCCAACGUAAACAUUUAUCAAAAAGACAAAUCAGGACUUGUGUAAUAUAACAACAAAUACAAACAUUAUUUAGUCAUUUUCCCCCCAUAAGACAAUGCUCUGAAAAGCUGAAAAAAAAAACAUGGUAAAUAAAAAAACUUAAAAAAUAAACUUUCUUCAGUCUUAAACACUGGACAGAAAGUACUGAGGUGAAAAGACUGGAGGAAAAAUGGGUCUGCCAACAGUUAAAAAUGAACUAAAUACAUAUCUAACAUGUCAGCAAAACACCAUUAACCCAUCUGUGACUUGUUCUUUGGCCAGGUUUGUGAUCGAACUCCCGUGUUUCUGGAGGAGCACAGAUGCACUUUGCAAAUGGAGUGACAGCAUAGCAGACUUAACGUUUCCAUUUACAUUGCCUGUGUUUGUGUUGCUGGGACUUUUUCUAGGUAAAAUGGCACAAUGCAUAAAUAAAUACAUACAUAAAAAUACGCCAAACAUUUAUGAAGAGGAUGAAGAGGAAUUAAAAAAAAAAAAAAAAUCAAUCACAUGACGUUUAAGCCAGAGACGAGGAAUCAGCCAAAAGUCCUCAUGGUAGAGGCAGAGAUGGCCUGCAAAGACUAUUACCUGGCAGGCAGGGCUGCUGCAGUGCAACGAUGA